AUGAUGUUUAAUAAAUUUAUAUAUUUGGGACUUGUAUCUGGAUGUUUGACUCUAAUUUCUUGUUUAGAACAAGCAAAUUCAUUUAAUGGUGAUGUUAAUUUGUGGGCUUAUGAUUCUCCCACUGAUAAUGCAGAUAAGCGUCCUAUAGGAAAUUAUGGUGGAGGAUAUUAUGGCCGUCAAACUACUGAUAUUAGGAAGGGAGAAAUAGUAAAGAGUUCAAAUAGAACGUAUGGUUCUAAGGCUGAAAAUUAUCCUUAUUCACUUGGAAAUUCUAACGUACUAACAUCAAAGAGUUUGGAACCAUUGACAUUUGAGAACAAAUUACGAUUAUAUGAAGAACCAUUUCGUCAAUAUAUACUACAAACUACAGGCAAAAUUCCUUCUGAUUUGGAUAUGAGACGUUUAAGGAAGGAAUUUUUAGAAUUUGCAAGAAUUUCUGAAGGUAUAAAACAAAAACAGAGAGGAACAAUUUAUACUCAACUGGAUUUAGAUAGAUCAGCUAAAAAGCGAAAAAAUAAAAAGCACCAUAAAAAGAUUCCCAAAUAUUUAAUAUUUGAGGGGAUGGAUGAGCAUGAUUUUAAGCCUGAAGAAGUAAUAAAGUAUAUGCCAAAAAUCAGCAAGCAUGCUACCAAGGAAGAAGUUGAGAGGGUUUACAUGAAGGUUUGGGAGAUGCUUGGAAAAAGUAAGGAGAGACUGAAUAUUUUAUAUGAUUAUUAUCUUGAUAAAUAUAAUCAAAAGAAUCCAUUGGGCCCAGUUGAAACAGAGAAUGAACGUUUAGCCUAUAUACAAUAUAUUUUAGAUAUUUUGACUAAUUCAGUUAUAAAUAAUGGUAAUUUAUUGGAUUCAUCUUUUAUACCUUCUAACCUUAUAAAAUCUAUAUAUAAGGAUUUAGGAAAGAGUGAUGAUAUUAAAAAGGAAAUAGCACGAAUUAUUUCAUAUAUGUAUAUUUUGCUUAAUAAACCAAAUAUUGGAAAUAUAGAUAUUCCUGGCUCUGAACGUUUCAAUAUACCACUUUCUAGUGAAGCAAAGGAAGUCCAUACUCAUAUUCGUUCAGCUUAUAAUAACAAACAUUCAAAAAAGGAUGAUAAAGAAGUGAAUAUCUCUGAAACUGAACAAAAUAAGGAGAAAUCUAAAUUAUAUUAUUUGCUACAGAAAUCUUCUACAAAGAAAUUCAAGAGUGAAGCUCAAAUAAAGUUUGAAGAUUCUAAAUGGGUUAGUCAAUCUCUCAAACGUGUAGCUAAUAACCAAGGUGAUUAUGUUAUUGUAGAAAAAAGGUAUUGCACAACUAAACAAUGGGAAAAAUUAUUGAAAUUAGCUAGGGUUAGAGAAGUUGAUAAUACAUCGAGACUUGAGCAACAAUAUUUAAAUCAAUAUAAGAAUGAUUAUAACACUGUUCCAAGUAUGUAUGGUUCAGCUAUGGGUAGAAAUUUAGCUAAAGAACCAAAAUUUGUUUUUAUUUACAAAAAUUUCGAAGUUACUGAUUUAGAUAAUAUUGAUAUAUCUAAUCUUGAGGUUAUUGAAGGAUAUGGACUCGAAAUUACUUCAAAGAAAAGGGAUACUCUUGAAGCAGUAGUUAAGCACCCAGAGACAGGAUUCAAAAUGAAUGUGAAUUAUAGUAAACCUGGUUUACCUCUUGUUAAUCUAUAUUUGGAUGAUGAUAUCAAUUAUACAUUUAAAUUUGACAAAAGGGAGUACUUGAAUAGUCUAUCUCUAGAUAUAAAAAAUGCUAGAGAAGUGUUAACUGAAUCUUUGAAAUUAACUGAGAAUGACUCAAAUUAUUAUAGCUCAUUUAUUACAGAUAAACAAAAGAAGUCUAAAUUCAUGGAUAAAAGUAAAUUAAUUGAGGAAAAAUUAAAUGAAAUAUUAGAUAUUAUAACUAAAUCAGAGAAUUGGAUUGCCACAAUUUCGUAUAUAACUGAGAAAGAAAGACUUUUACUUUCUAAAUACUCAAAACUUGAAAAAUUGUCUUUAUUAGAGGAUAGUCUAGCAAAGCAAUCAAAUACAGAUGUAAAACUUUCCCAAAUAAGAAGUAAUAUUAGUAUAAUUAGUAAUCAAAUUGUUUUACUUGAUUCAAAAUAUAGAAAUGAUCUUGAUAUAGGAGAGAGAAUUUCUGAAGAUUCAAAACUUCUUUCAACUAUAGCUUUUAAAGAUGCGAAGGAAAUGGUGAAACUACUUUCUAUACAAUAUCUUCUUUGUGGUAGUGAAUUUGGUCAUAAAAUAGAUUUAGAUUAUUAUAAUGAUAAAUUGUCAAAAGUUAUAAAUAGUGUUUUAAUUAAUAAACUUUAUAUUCAAGAUAUUAAUUCAACAUAUGAAGAAGUUCAUAAUAAAUACUUAAGUAUGGUUACAAAAAAUAAUUUAAGUGAUAAAACACGUAGAAUUUUCCUGGAAUCAUUAAAAUCAUCAAAAAAUAAUAGUCAAUUACUUAGCAGGUUGAAAUCACAAUCUGGUUUAUAA